AUGAAUAAAAGACCAAGUCGAAAUGAUUCUGAAGAUGAUAUUUUGGAAAUGCAGCGAGCAUUUUUAGCCGAAAAGGCUAAAAAUUCUGCUUUUCAACCUGCUGCGAGUAUAGUUAAACCAGAAAAAGCUCCAAAAAAGUCUAUAUUUGCAAAAAGUAGAGAAAAAUCUCAACUUUCGAAUGCACAAACAAAAGAAACUCCAUCAGCUUCAAAUACUGUGAAAAGUAUUCAUAAUCCGGUUGAAGUCAAGAAAGAAGAGAAAAAUGAGGCACUCACAAACCUUAUUCUAGGUGACAUAGUUGAGAAAACUACCAAUUCACCAAAAGAUACACCUUUUGUGGAAACUGUCACCUCAUUUCCAAAAGUCGAAAGAAUCUCUCUCAGACAAAACUCUGGAGGAAAAAGUCUCUUUGCUUUGUCCAUCGAAAAAAAGAAUUCAGUUAAAUCUUCCAAAGAUGACUCAAACGCAGAUAGAAAAAGGCAACAUGAUGAAAUGAUGAUGAUCAUGGAUUGUGAACCGAUUGAAAAGAAUCCCAAAACAGCCUUCGGCGAUGAGAGUAUAAUUGUAGACGAUAAAACAACUGCCACAGCGAUUCACGAGGAAAACUUGGAAAUUCUUAAGAAAAUGAAAGAGGAGGAAAUUUUAGCAGAACAACAACAGAUAAUGCAAUCAGUUGAUCCUGCACUCCUUGAAUUUCUUGCAAAGAGAAGGAAACAAAAAUUAGCCGAAAAGCAAAUGCAACCCAUUAAAACUCUUGCAACGACUUUUGAACAACCAUCGACUAACGAUUGCACUCAAUUGCCGGAAGGUAAUCCGGCAGUGGAAUUGCUUAAACAAAGUUCAUCUGAAAAAUGGAUUAACUUUGAUAUUGUCGAAAAGGACAAGUUGGAUUGGAUGCGGGAUAUACCAGCUUCGGUACCCAAACUAGAUGCAGAUCAACCAUAUGAAGCUAGAUUUGAUUGGAAGGGUGUACUUCUCCCAUACACAGAAACACGAAACGAUACAAAAGAUAACAGAGAAUUAUAUUUGCAUGGAGAUGAGCCAUCUCGACCAGGUUAUACAUUGCAAGAGCUCUUUCGUUUAGCAAGAUCGAAUGUGAUUCAGCAAAGAGUUUCAGCCUUUUCAUCGAUUGGAGGCAUUCUAAGUAUUUACAAUCAAGGUUUUUACGACAAUGUUCUUGAGCUGCCGAUUGCUAAGAUUUUUUUCCUCCUACGAUUCGGUUUGGAUGAAAAUACUCCAGUGAUUUUGGAAGUUGUUUCAAAAGCAUUAGCAUUAAUGUUUUAUAAUGAAACCGAUGAAACUCUUUUAGAUUUUAUUUAUGAAAACACUGGUGGUUUCUGGCAGCCAACUUUUGAAGUUAAAACAAUUGGCGAAUCUGAUGAUCCAACAUCAAUUGAAUCUCUUCAAAAACAAAUGAAAAAUUUAAGAGUGUCUUCUUCAUUAAAAGCAAGUGUUGAAGAAACAGAAGAAGAAAGCAAAACAUCAAUGACUGAUUUUCAAUUAGCCGAAACGGAUUUAAUUGAAUGUUUGCUAAGAUCAAAUAUUAUACAAAGAAUAUACUUCAUACUAAGCAGUGUAAAACCUGACAACAGCACAGUUACAUCCUGUUUAAAAAUAUUAAUUCGAAUAGCUCGGACGAAUAAAGACUCAGCGAUGCAUAUUUUUAACUCUGAGGAUUUAUUAAAAUGCUUGUUUACCAAUUUAUUGCCUGGGCUACAAAGUGUUGAUACAUCGUUAACAACUCCACCAUUCUACAACUAUCCACAGUAUCUUGUUUUAAAACUUUGUCGUAUUUUAAUAUCACAAAGUCUAUCAUUUGCUUUGAGGCUUCUCUCAAUGAAUAUUGUCGAUCGUAUACAAAAUUAUCUCUUCAAUCAAGAAGAUAUUAAGCAAAAUUUAAUAUUAGUUCAAAUAGAAUCAUUGCGAGUUUUCCGUUCCUUGAUGUUACUUCGGUCGGAUAAUGUUCUUUAUAGGAAAUUCCUACCUGCUUUUCGUUACAUGUUAGAAUGGCAUUAUCAUAAUGUUGUCUACGAAGGGGGUGGUCCCUAUCUUAUAAGACAACAUGCAGCAGCACUUUUAUGCGCAAUUUCAAGUGGACCGAAUGGCUUUGAAGUGAGUUCUUUACUGGGAUCAUCAUUGGUUGACUGCUGUUGCAAUUGGUUCCAUAAGGCAACCAAAUUCGGUAUUGAAGAGUUCUCUCAAUCGACAUUACUCACGGCAUGCUUAAAUACCGUAACUUGGUUUACAAAAAACAGUGACCUUGAAAAGUUCAAAGAGUUUCUUGGGAAAUAUCUGAAAAAUUUCAUUGAAUCUGAAGCAUUUGUAAGAUUCGAGAAAUCUCUUAAUAACACAUCGAUAGUUCUUCGCUCACAGGAUGUUAUUGAUCGGCGGGAUAUAUAUCCAGCUCUACCGAAUGCUGGAGCAAUAUUAAUGCAAAAACAUGGCCCACAGCUUGCCAUACCGCAAACAUAUUGCAUUUACUUCUUGACAUCGCUAUGGCAGCUCGCGGAGCAAUGUGUAAAACAGAAUGAUAAAAUUCUUGUUAGCUGUUUAAUCAAAGUACGCACAAUUGAUGCUGUUGUUGAGUUUUUGAACAACCUUUCGAAUGGUUUGAAUAUGUAUCUGAGAACGAAUUUCUUCGCAAAAUGUGAACUUCGUCUUAUAUUUAAAUUGUUAUGCUUCGACGGAUUCAAAGAGUUCUUGGGAAAAUCAACAAUCUUACGGGCAGUGUAUAGUUAUUUGUGUAGUCUGAGUGCAGAACAUAUUCCGGAAAUUGAGAGACUUUUUGAAAAAGUCAUUUUCAAUCGAGAAUAUUUGAGUGCAGUGAAACAAGAGAUAUUGGACAAAUGGCGAAAUAUGUACUUGGAAGUGGUUUAUCCACAUUAUGUUGUUGUGUCCCCUACAGAGAUUUCCUUGAGUAUACCAUCGUCUGCAGUUGCAAUAUUGCCAACAGAUUGGCCAUAUUUUCAAUUGAAAAAUAUUCUAGAGGACUAUGUGAAUAAUGUUCAUCAGAGACCGGCUGCACUUGUUUCAGAGGGCGAAGUUGUCCGAAUGACGCUUACUUUCACGAGUAUCCUUGAAGAUGAAUCGUUUCAAAUAACAACUCCAACAGAGAAACUAAUGUAUCUGAUGAUCACAUUCAUGGGACCAGACUCUCAGUUCUUGGAACCAACUAUUAAAGCGUUACUUAAAGAUCACUUGGUGAAAUUUUUUCAAUCUUGCAAAGACAUUCGUUUUGAAUUCGAUAAAGAUUUUGAAGGUAAAUGUAAAUUCCAAAAUCUUUAUGCUCUUUUUGUUGAUCACUUUCAAGCGGCAAGCUAUGGUGAUGAUUUAUUUAGUGCAAUGGUUCUAAUACCUCUAGCACAAAAAUAUGAUAAUAAAUGGCGCAGAAUGAUUUGGUCUGAACAUGCAUCAGUUUUAAGAUUUUUAAAUUGUGAUGAAAGUUUGCUUAUUGGAGGAUUAGAUGCUUACUUAAAUCCAACAGAACUAGAGGAAUCACUAAUUAAUUGUUACGCGAGAGCAUUGUAUUCAAAUUCUUUACGUCCCAACACUAUAGUACAUAAAAUUGCGCAGCAUCAUGUGCAAAAAUACAAUGAAAAUGUCAAUAAUUCCUAAGUGUCUUUCGUUUUGUAAUAAUUUUUAUUGAUCUAUGGAAAAUUAAAAAAAAUCUGAAACUAGG